AUGGAGAGCGAUUAUCGUUUUCUCGUCGAUGGAACCCUCGCAAAAUAUGUUGAAACGGCGCCGGGCACAUUUCUCUGCGAUCAAGAAGACCGCGCUUUCGAGCCUAUUCUCCUUGGGAAUCUCUUCCCACAAUUUCCUCCUGGAGACUGGAAUAACGGCUACGUCGCUCGAGACCCCGUCUUAGGGGAACCUUCAUUUGUCAAGACCGAGAUCGUACAGUUUCCCGGAGUACAGAACUGUUGGCAUCCACUGAGGUUUAACGAGCUCGACUUAUCUCAUCAACAGCGAUUAAGACAGGGAGUUCGCGUUUCGACGCACCCUGAUGUCAACGCCGGUAGACCUGUGCUGGUAAAAUUUGCUGUUUGGCCCUGGGAGGUUCGUUAUGCCGAGACUGAGACCACAGCUUAUCUAUGGGAUAAUUACGGCCUAUAA